UCUGAUUCUUCAUUUAUUUUUUUUAUACAAGUUAAAUUGAGUCUUUAGAUUUUUGAUUUUUUUGCAUUUUAAUUUAGUUCUUAAUUUUUUCAAUUUCAACACUUAAAAAAGAGUGUUAAAUUUUUAAAUAGAUUGCUCCAUCUAAUGACAUGACAUAUUGGAUCAAUCAAUUAUGCCAUGCCAUGUUACUCUCAUUUGACAUAUUAAGUGCUUUUAAAUUUGAGUAAAUGUCUAAUAAAUCCCUGAGUCAGAGCACUAUUUGAAUUCGAUCCCUCACUUUUUGAAAGUAAGUAUUUGGUGCUUAACUUUUUCGCGAAUUUGAAAGUAAUCCUUCCGUCAUUUUUCCAUCCAUUUUUCUAACUUCCAUCUGGGUGAGUCAGCAUUUGUCCACGUAGGCGCUUACAAGUCAUAGUAAAAACGAUGCCGUUUUGAUUUUCGACCUUAAAUGUCAUCCCCAACACGUGCGGCAAGAGUAUGGGCGGCAUUUUGAAAAUUUUCAUGAAUACCGAGGAAGGAAAGAGUGAAGACGGUGGAAAACGUAAGGACUUUUCACUUCUAUUCAUCCAAAAACAAAGUCCGUGCUCAUCGUCUCCGUCCGUGGUCCCUGACGUUGUUGUGGAAAAUCUCUUCGUAUCCGUUUCGUUCGUGGUCAUUGCCAUUUUCUCCGGCAUCCUUGUGUUGAAGGGGCUUGGUCCCGCCGUAGACCAUUUGUUGCCACAUGCUGAGCAUCGAUUUUGUGUGCGUCAUCUACAUGCAAACUUCAAGUCAAACGGAUACAAAGGGAAAGCAUUCAAGGAUCAGUUGUGGGGAGCUGCAAGAGCAUCAAAUGCAUUGCUAUUUCAGCAUCACAUGAAGGUGAUAGCAAGUAUGGAUGCUGGUGCCUAUAAGUAUCUUAAUGAUGUCGACCCUGCAUCAUGGUCUAGACAUGCCUUUUCUACACAUUCGAAGAGUGAUAUGCUUCUGAACAACCUUGCGGAGACAUUCAAUUCAUGGAUCAAAGAGUCUUGGGACAAGCCGCUCUUGACGAUGCUGGAAAUGAACUGGAGACAAUUGAUGACAAGAUUCCAGCAAAAAAGAGACGGAGUCCGAGCCGCUUCUCACAAAAUAUGUCCCAAAAUUCAGAAGAAGUUAGAAAGAUCCAAGGACGAAGCAAAGAACUGUAUUUGUAGAUGGCAGAAUGAGUUGGAGUUCGAGGUUGACUACAUGUUCGACGCACGUCGAAUAGUGAAUUUGGCUCAAGGUACAUGCUCAUGUGGGAGAUGGCAACUCAAUGGUAUCCCUUGUGCACAUGCUUGUGCUGCCAUUUACAUGCACAAACAAAAGCCUGAGCAAUUUUUAGAUGGCUAUUACAUGAUGGAUAAGUACAUGCAAGCAUAUGAACCACAGGUACAUGCUAUGCCAGGGCCUGAAGAGUGGCCAGAUGUUGGUGCCUAUGAUGAAAUUUUGCCUCCAGUUGAUAGAGUUCAGCCUGGACGUCCAAGAAAAGCUAGGAGAAGGGCACCCGAUGAGCCCACUAACCCAUACAAGAUAAGCCGUAGUGGGUAUGUGGUCACAUGCGGCAACUGUGGGGGUAAGGGUCACAACUACAAGGGUUGUCAUCUACCCCUAAACCCUAACAGAAAGAUAUGGAACCCAAAGAAGAGGAAGACUGCUGAAACUUCUUCAAAUGUAUCUCAAAAUGAAGCUACGCCAUCCCAAUCUAUGCAAACCCGUGUUCGAAGGCGUAAGGGCAAGGCAAUGGCUACUCAAUGAACAUGUUGUUGUUGACUUUUUUUGUAAUGAUCUAAACAUUCGUGUCAGUUGGUAGAAUGGUUUGAUGAACAAUCUGUGUAUGGGAGGUUAUUUAGGUGAAUGUUGCUAUGUUGGAUAAACAAUGGAUAGUUUAUGUUGGUGGUAUCCACAAUAUUUUGUGAUAUUUUGUGGAUGAAGUUAGGUGAAUGUUGCUAUUUUGGACAAAUGGUCCCUGAGUUUAUGUUGGUGGUAUGAACAAUAUUUUGUGAUAUUCCAGAAGUUGUAUUUAGUGAA